AUGGAGAGGGAGAAGUUUCAGAAUGAAACAGGUUUGACAGUGGUAAAGAAGGUGAAAUACCUAGGGGUUUAUUUGACAUCUAAGAAUUUGAACCUGUAUAAAGACAAUUAUGAAAAAUGUUGGUCGGAAAUUAAAAAAGAUCUAGAAAUAUGGUCAAAUUUGAAAUUGUCAAUGUUAGGCCGAAUUGCAGUUAUUAAGAUGAAUGUAUUGCCUAGAAUGCUAUUUUUGUUUCAAACAUUACAAAUUCUUGACAAGAUAGACUGUUUCAAGAGGUGGCAGAAGGAUAUUUCGAAAUUUGUCUGGCAGGGCAAAAGCCCAGAAUAA